AAACAUAUUUACGCCAUGGCUUCACUCGGUAUAUUCCUAUUCUUAAUUUGUGUUAAAUAUACUUUUGGAUAUAGUUUUAUGGAUGAAUCCGAAAGCCUGGUAUGGCCACCGGAGUACCACAUAAUAGCUGAGAAGAUCAACCUUGAUGCAGGCAUUGUGGAGACUAUGGAGAUGUGGUCAAGCGCCUCUCUCAACCGCUCCCGUAUCGACUUCUACGGCGGACUAGUCAAGAAAUAUUACCAGUGGGAAACGGAAGAAGAAACUGGCUACGUCUACAGCCUAAUGCCUCAAUCUACAGAAGAAUACGAGAACAAGAUAUCGUGUGGCAUGCAAGUUAUAAAAGACAAGGAAGAUAUCGAGUCAAACCUGCCUGUAAUCAAACACUUUAAAUAUAUAGGUAGGUAA